AUGCUAUGUGGUCUAUUGUCGCCAUCGGCACCUUCAUGCAGUUCCUAUAUAUAUAAUGAAUUUGUGAAUGAAUUCGAUUUCACCAUUGAUCUGAAGAUUAUUGAAGAUAUCUAUAACCAGACAACCAGGCAUGCUGGACUCGUCUGCCUUUGCGGACGUUCUAUCCAAAAUAAUUUAGUUGAGGAAAUUGAGAUGACAAGCUUAGCUUUUCAAGCUGAUAAGAAUGCCAAGCCUGCUAUUGAUCUUCUUCAAUCUAGGUUCUCAGGAGUUCUUGAUUUUGUAACAAUCUAUAAUGACGUAGAAGAUCAACUAGCACAAUUCUUGGUAGCCGAGGGUGUGUUAAUCAGGGAUGAAAUGACCAAGUAUGCAUAUAAAAUGUCAUCUUCUCUUAUAGAUAUGCUGAUUUGGCAAAGAGUUAUUCCUCUUGUAUACAAGUCUUUCCCAAAAAACAUCAUUUCUAGUGCAUUUGAUAAGUCAUAUAAGGUUGCAGAUGAUUUGUAUGUUAAUGGUAUAAAAAAUAUCCAAGUUCCUCAAGAAAGUGUGUACGACACAGAGCUGUGCAGGGUUUUGGUUAAUUGGAUUGUCAAGGCGGGUGGCAUCGAGGUCGAUGGACAGUGGCAUAUAGUAGAAAAUUGUGACAACAGAAGAAAUAAGCACUUAUAUAGUAAUAUAGUAAUUACAGCAGACCAUCAAAGAAUUGUUCUUGAGCUUCUUGCCACUGCAACGCAAAAUGACCUUGAUGAGCACUUCAAAAGUGUUCUUAAGUAUGCUGAACUAUUAUCUGCAGACGAAAUUUGGAUAGUUCAUUUUAUGUGUGAAGAUGGUUAUACAGCUCGGAAACUUCAUUGGCCACUCAAUGAUAAAAUUAAUGUCAUACACUUCUUUCACAACCGGAGGAUGCUUAAUGUACUAAUGAAUGCUCGAUAUGCAGAUAGCAAUUGUACCAUUAAGUUUAUUGUAGAUCAGGUUGUACCAUUACAAUCUUAG